UACUGAAUACUUACUGAUCUUACCAGAAUAAGUCAGAUGUAUUGAUGUUCAAUCUUAAAUGUUUCUGAAGAGACAUCUGUGAUGGAAAUAAACGCUCUGGACAAGAAGUUAAGAGGACCCCGGAAUCAUCUGACACACAUAAUGUGGCAGGAAGAAUCCCAAAUGAAAUCAAAAGGUGCCCGACAUCCCCAGCUGAUACCUUGGGUCUUCGCUGUUGUUUCCAUCUCACUCCUCAGUGCUUGCUUUAUCUCAACUUGUCUGGUGACUCAUCAUUUCUUUUUACGCUGGGAGAGAGGAGUUGUGGUGAAGCCAUCAGGCUACCACACAAGGCUAACAUGCAUCCAAGAGGAGCCACAGCCUGGAGCUACAGGAGGUACCUGGACCUGCUGUCCUGUUAGCUGGAUAGCCUUCCAGUCUAACUGUUACUUUCCACUCAGUGACAACCAGACUUGGUAUGAGAGUGAGAGGAACUGCUCAGGGAUGGGCAGUCAUCUGGUGACCAUCAACACUGAAGCAGAACAGAAUUUUGUGACUCAGCUUUUGGAUAAACGACUUUCCUAUUUCCUGGGACUUACUGAUGAGAAUGUGGAAGGUCAAUGGCUGUGGGUGGACAAGACGCCAUUUAACCCAAGCGUGGUAUUCUGGCAAGUUGGGGAACCCAAUAACUUUAUGGAAGAAGACUGUGUUGUCCUUGUUUAUGACCAAGAUAAAUGGGUCUGGAAUGACUUUCCUUGUCACUUUGAAGUGAGAGGGAUUUGUAAAUUACCUGGAACAACAUUCAGUUAGAAGCCCUCAAAGUGAUCCUUAUGAUGGGGAUGGAGAAGAUGAACCUAUCAGA